CAGCAAUUUUUAAGCAUCAUCAGCAAUCGCAAGAAUCAAAAAUUUCUCUUAAAUUACAAGCAAAAACUAGAUGGGGAUCUUUUUUUAUUUGUAUGGAAUCAGUUAAAGUUAACCAUAUUGCAAUUAGUCUUACUAUUGCUAAAUUAAUUGCAAAUCAAGAUAAUAUAAAUAAAAUUAUUGAAAAAAUAGUCAAUAAUAAAAUUUAUUGGAAUAAUCUUUCAAAAUUAAUUGAAAUUUUAAAAGAAUUAAUAAUUGGAAUUAGUAUAUUUGAAAGUGAUAAUCCUCAACUAUCUUAUUUUUAUGAAUGGUAUCAUGAUUAUUUUAACUCAAUUCAAAAUA